GAAUUUCAUCCCUUCAUUGAGGCCCUCCUACCCCAUGUCCGUGCCUUCUCGUACACCUGGUUCAACCUGCAGGCCCGUAAGCGCAAGUACUUUAAGAAGCAUGAAAAAAGAAUGACCAAGGAUGAAGAGCGCGCGGUGAAAGACGAGCUGCUGGGAGAGAAGCCCGAGAUCAAGCAGAAAUGGGCUUCACGCCUGCUCGCCAAGCUUCGCAAGGACAUCCGUCCCGAGUUCCGCGAGGACUUUGUGCUCACCAUCACGGGGAAAAAACCGCCCUGCUGUGUGCUGUCCAACCCCGACCAGAAAGGAAAGAUUCGCCGCAUCGACUGCCUCCGUCAGGCCGACAAGGUUUGGAGACUGGACCUGGUGAUGGUCAUCCUGUUCAAAGGCAGCCCGCUGGAGAGCACGGACGGUGAGCGGCUGGUCAAGUCGCCCCAGUGCUCCAACCACGGCCUUUGUGUCCAGCCGCACCACAUUGGAGUGACGGUCAAAGAGCUGGACCUCUACCUGGCCUACUUUGUCCAUACACCAGAACAAUCAGGACAAUCAGACAACUCAAACCAGCAAGGAGAGACAGAUGUCAAGCCCCCGCCAAAUGGCCACUUGAGUUUCCAGGACUGCUUUGUGACUUCAGGGGUGUGGAACGUAGCCGAGUUGGUCCGCGUGUCACAGACUCCGGUAGCUACAGCGACUGGCCCCAGCUUUUCCCUGGCUGAUCUCGACAGCCCAGGAUACUACAACAUCAACCAGGUCACCCUAGGACGGCGCUCAAUCACCUCCACUCCUUCCACCAGCUCAAACAAGCGCAAGUCCAUUGAUGACAGUGAGAUGGAGAGCCCGGUGGAUGACGUCUUCUACUCGGGCCGUUCGCCGGCAGCUGGCAGCAGCUCACAGUCCAGUGGUUGGCCCAAUGAUGUAGAUGCAGGACUGUCAUCGCCUGGUUCUCUUAAGAAGCCGGGGAAAUUCGAUUUCAGCGCCCUGUCCUCCCAGACGAGGUCCCCCCGUAUGGCGUUCACCCACCACCCACUGCCAAUGCUGGCGGGAGUGAGACCAGGGAGUCCUCGUGCUUCUGCCUCAGCCCUGCACUUCCCAUCUCCCUCCAUCAUACAGCAGUCGAGCCCCUACUUCACCCAUCCGACCAUCCGCUACCACCACCACCCCGGACAGGAUCCCUUGAAGGAGUUUGUGCAGUUUGUCUGUGCUGAUGGCCCAGGGCAGGCCGGCGGACAGCAUACUCCGCGCCAGGCCCCACAGCUCCCAACAGGUUUGUCGGCAUCGGAUCACGGGACAACAACUUUCUGA